UACGGUGAACUGGGUAACGUGAUUAAGACCAACACGAGUCGUCUCAAGGAAGCUACUAAUCUAUUCUCUCAAGCUGUUUCCCUGGAGACGACAUCAUCCAUGAAAGCUCACUGGAAGAUGGUGGCAGGAGAAUGCUACAUCCAGAUGAGAGACCACCAAAGUGCCAUGAACCAGUUCCAGUCAGCAGUAGCCAUAGAGCCAGGACUCUGCUGAGACCAACUAUAACCUGGCAGUAAUGUAUGGGAGGGUAAAAGACAAGGUGGCUGCAGAACAG